AUGCAGGCAUCUCACGACCGCAACCCCGCCAAUGAUGUCUGCGAGCUGCCGGGGCAAAAGGACGAGUGCGCGCCUGCGUCGUGGCAAGGCGCGGCUGUGCUGCCGAGACGCGGGAGCGCGGUCAGGUCGUCGUCGCGAAAGCUAGCGGCUGCACGCGACGCUGUGGGAAUGAUGCUCGCCACAGCGCCAGACACUGAUGGCCUGGUUCGGGGGAAGUCGACGCUGAGCGAUCAAAAUCAAGUGACACCGUUCCAUCUGACAACGGAUGACGGUGAGCGCAUUCAUGCGUGGCAUGUUCUGCCCCUUCCCGUCUACCUGAAGCACGAGGAGACGCUGCGGCUGCAGCCGACUGGCUACUGUGACGAUAUCACUACUGCCGACUCCCUUCGCAUCCUUAGAGAGGACCCCAAUGCGCAACUAGUCAUCUUCUUCCAUGGUAAUGCCGGACAUAUUCCCGCCACGAUUCGUGCGCCCUCCUUUCACUCGCUUACCGACACGAGCUCGUUCCACCUGCUUGCGAUCGAUUACCGCGGCUUUGGCCAGUCCUCGGGACAGCCGUCUGAAGAAGGCCUCAUCCGGGAUGCCUCCGCUGCCGUCGACUUUGUCCUCGAGACGGCCGGUGUGGCUCCUGACCGCGUCAUCUUGCUUGGUCACAGCUUAGGUACUGCCGUAGCUGUUGCGGUUGCAGAGCGUUAUGCGGUCCUCCGAGCUGUCGAUUUUGCCGGCCUUGUUCUUGUCUCCGGCUUCAGCAGCCUGCCCACCAUGCUCUCCCACUACGCCGUUGCAGGGUGCGUGCCCAUCUUGGGGCCACUCCGCUCAUGGCCGCGCGUGCUGCAGUGGAUCUUGGGGUUCGUUGUGGAGCCCUGGUCGUCGGUAGAGAGGCUCGGAAGCCUGGUGAACACUGUCCGCACAACCAAAGGACGGCACCUGCGUGUCGGCCUUAUCCAUGCUGCCGACGAUUGGGACAUUCCGAGUGUCGAGGACGAUAAGCUCUUCCUCGCAGCCGUGAAGCCCCUCCUGGGCAGCGGGACGAACGAUUCGCAGUUGGCGGCCGUCAAGGAAGCCCGCACCGUUCGCCUUGGCGGCGAUGCGUUUGUGACGGAGUGGCGCGAGUCCGACGUGGUCAUCCGUCAGGAGCGGUUCCCCCAUGGAGGUAAGCUCUUCUGGCUCUGUUGGAAGCAGGAGCGAUGUGCUGACGGCCCAGGCCACAACAAUGUCAUGAAAUACGCACCGGUAGUGAUGGAAGUUAUGCGGAUCUUCAAUGAAGAAUACUGA